CACUGCCGCGCAUGCGCGACAACUCCGGGUUUCCGAAGCUCUUCCUCUGCUCCAGCAGCGCUGAGGUGGCUUUGACCAGAGAGGAAUCGCUGCGAUGGCCGAGGGCAGCAGCGCCGGGGAGGUAGCUGCUUUGCCGGUGUCGGGGCCGCCCAGCAGUCUUGGCAAUGGGGCUAGCGGAGCCGCAACUCAGAGCAACAACCCGCUGUCUCGGAAGCUGCACAAGAUACUGGAGACAAGGCUGGAUAAUGACAAGGAGAUGCUAGAAGCUCUCAAGGCACUUUCAACCUUCUUUGUGGAAAAUAGCUUACGAACCAGAAGAAAUUUACGUGGAGAUAUUGAACGCAGAAGUUUAGCCAUCAAUGAGGAAUUUGUGAGCAUAUUCAAGGAAGUAAAGGAGGAACUUGAAAGUAUAAAUGAAGAUGUACAAGCAAUGAGUAACUGUUGUCAAGACAUGACAAGUCGCCUGAAGGCAGCAAAGGAACAGACUCAAGAUUUGAUUGUAAAAACUACUAAACUUCAAGCAGAAAGUCAAAGGUUGGAAAUAAGAGCUCAAGUUGCAGAUGCCUUCUUAUCUAAAUUCCAGCUGACUUCAGAUGAAAUGAGUCUUCUCAGAGGCACAAGAGAAGGACCUAUUACAGAGGAUUUUUUCAAGGCAUUAGGAAGAGUAAAACAAAUUCAUAAUGAUGUCAAAAUUCUUUUGCGAACAAACCAACAAACUGCGGGUCUAGAAAUAAUGGAACAGAUGGCCUUACUUCAAGAAACUUCCUAUGAACGACUUUACAGAUGGGCUCAAAGUGAAUGCAGGACUUUGACACAAGAAUCAUGUGACAUAUCUCCAGUACUUACCCAAGCUAUGGAAGCCCUGCAGGACAGACCAGUAUUAUAUAAGUAUACCUUAGAUGAAUUUGGGACCGCUAGAAGAAGUACAGUUGUUCGUGGGUUUAUUGAUGCUCUUACAAGAGGUGGCCCAGGAGGGACUCCUCGACCUAUUGAAAUGCAUUCUCAUGACCCUUUGAGGUAUGUGGGAGACAUGUUGGCUUGGCUCCAUCAAGCUACUGCUUCUGAAAAGGAACAUCUUGAGGCAUUAUUAAAAAUGGUAACCAUACAAGGUGUUGAUGAAAACAUUCAAGAAAUAGUUGGGCAUAUCACUGAAGGAGUUUGUAGGCCUCUAAAGGUCCGAAUUGAACAAGUAAUAGUUGCUGAGCCUGGGGCAGUUUUAUUAUAUAAAAUUUCUAACCUCCUUAAAUUCUAUCACCAUACAAUCAGUGGUAUUGUGGGAAAUAGCGCAACCACAUUGUUGACCACCAUUGAAGAAAUGCAUUUGCUAAGCAAAAAAAUAUUCUUCAAUAGCUUGAGUCUCCAUGCAAGUAAACUAAUGGAUAAGGUUGAACUCCCACCACCUGAUCUUGGACCAAGCUCUGCACUAAGCCAGACACUCGCAUUAUUGCGUGAAGUUUUGGCAUCUCAUGACUCUUCAGUUGUGCCACUAGAUGCUCGUCAAGCAGAUUUUGUACAGGUUUUAUCAUGUGUUUUGGAUCCUUUACUCCAGAUGUGUACUGUAUCUGCUAGUAAUUUAGGCACAGCUGACAUGGCUACUUUCAUGGUCAACUCUUUGUAUAUGAUGAAGACAACACUAGCACUCUUUGAAUUUACUGACAAACGCCUAGAAAUGUUACAAUUUCAGAUUGAAGCACAUUUGGAUACACUUAUAAAUGAGCAAGCAUCUUAUGUGUUAACCAGAGCAGGUCUGAGUUAUAUCUAUAACACUGUACAGCAACAUAAACCAGAACAGGGUCCCUUAGUUAACUUGCCCAGCCUGGAUUCAGUCUCACUGAAGGCAGCAAUGGUUCAGUUUGAUCGCUAUCUUUCUGCCCCAGAUAAUUUGUUAAUGCCACAGCUGAAUUUCCUUCUAAGUGCCACAGUAAACUCCGUGACCUUGGUGUGCAUGAAUGUCCUGGCAAAUACUCUCAAAAGCAUCAACAAUACUGAGAAGUGAGGAAAACUCCAGGUUCUUAUUAGGCCAUGCUCUAAAGUAAUUGUCCAGUUCUUAACUGUGAUGAUGAAGCACAGUUAUAUUGACAAAUUUGAGAUCCUUGAUGAUCACAGAGUAGGAAAAAUUAUUAUGAACCUCAUGGGCAGAGCCCCAGAUUUGAUGUUCAAUUGAAAGAUUUGGAAAAGUGCUAAAAUAAUCUGCUACCAUCCCAUCAAUUUGAGUUCAUUGUGCUUACAACCUCAGCUGACAUCAUGAACCAUGAGGAAGCAAGAUGAAAACACACAGGAGGAAAAAUCCUGGGAUUCUUUUUCUAAGGCUGUAAAAUAUAUAUAAAUAAAAUGCUCCAAUGGGAAAAAAUUAUUAUUUAUUCAUUCUUAGCAUUCUUUUCUUUUUAAAAUUUUAGUCCCAAAUUCUUUCCCUUUCCCUCACCCUAUCACCACCUAUUGAAAAGACAGAAAAUAUAUCAAUUACAUAUGUAAAAUCAUAUAAAACAUUUCCAUAUUAGCCAUAGUUUUUCAAAGGCAAGAAAAAGAUAAUGAAAAAAUUGUACUUCAAUCUCUCUCGAGGAGGAUAGCAUGUUUUCAUCAGAAGUCCUUUGGAGAAAUUGUCUUGGAUCAUUGUAUUGAUCAGAAUAGCCAAUUUUUUUCACAGUUGAUGAUCAUUAUAAUAUUGCUUUUACUGUACACAAUGAUCUCUCAGCUCUUCUCACUUCACUUUGACUCAGUUAAUAUAGGUCUUGCCACUUUUUUCUGCCACCACUCCCUUUUUUAUUUCUUAUAGCACAAUAGUACUCCAUUACAAUUAAAUGCCACAAUUUGUUCACCCAUUCCCAAAAUGAUGAUUCUGUCAAUUUCAAUUCUUUUUGCUACCACUAAAAGAGCUAGUAUUAAUAUUUUUGUACAUAUACAUACUUUUCCUUUUCCUUUUAUCUCUUUUGGAUAUAGACUUAAUAGUGGUAUUGCUCACUUAAAGGGUAUCCAUAGUUUUAUAGACCUUUAGGCAAAUGGUUUUCCAGAAUGGUUGGAUCAGUUCACAACUCUACCAAUUAUUUGUUAAUGUAUUCAUUUUUCUCUCACUCCUAACAAUUGUCAUUU